AAGGAGAAAAAGAUGAACUCAAUUCGUCCUCACAAUCCUCUUCGAUCUGGGUUAUGCUCGGAGGAUCUUCGAUGAAUUCCCUCGGCAGAAUGUGUUGUCGUACAACAUUAUGAUCAGGGCUUAUGCAAUGGGAAAUUUUCCCAAGAAAGGCUUGGAGCUGUAUGAAGAAAUGCUUUCUUUGGGCAUAUCUCCAGACUCUUUGUCUUUGUCGUUUGUAAUCAAAUGUAUUCUGAAGAUUGGGUCUCUUAUUGGAGGAACGCAGAUUCACACCCUGGUUCUGAGAGAUGGACAUCAGUCUGACACUUUCUUGCUCACCGCUUUGAUGGAUUUUUACUCGUCUUGCAAGAAGUACAACGACGCUUACAAAGUGUUCAAUGAAAUGCCUGUGAAGGACACUGUUUCCUGGAACACUUUGAUUGGUUGCUUCAUGAAAAAUCGUCGCCGGCACGAUGCUUUGAAGGUGUUCGAUACGAUGCAGAGUUCAAAUGUGUGCCAGCCAGAUGAAGUCACUUGUCUGUUGGUUCUUCAGGUUUGUGCGCAGCUGAAUGCAUUGGAGUUUGGGGAAAAAGUUCAUAAAUACAUCAUAGAACAUGCCCACGGGGAUUCAAUGUGUAUAUGUAACAUGCUUAUAACAAUGUAUUCACGUUGUGGGUGUGUUGAUAAGGCUCACGAGGUGUUCAGAAACAUGGCUAGGAAAAAUGUUGUGUCUUGGAGUGCAUUGAUUUCGGGUUUGGCAAGCAAUGGCUAUGGUAGAGAUGCCAUUGAGGCUUUUGAAGAGAUGCAGAGAGCCGGCAUUCCACCAGAUGGUCAUACUUUCACUGGGAUUCUCUCUGCUUGCAGUCACUCUGGUCUUGUACACGAGGGACGAAUGAUAUUUGAUAGAAUGAGUCUUCUCAACGAGGCAUAUGAGUUUGUAAAAUCAAUGAGUAUCAAACCAGAUGCCACAAUGUGGAGGACACUAUUAGGAGCUUGUAGGGCUCAUCACAAUCCCAUCCUUGGUGAAAGAGUCAUUGAACAUUUGAUUGAACUCAAAGCAGAAGAGGCCGGAGAUUAUGUGCUGUUGUUGAACACAUAUUCUUCUUUAGGGGGUGAUUGGACGAACAAGGCAUCGAGCUUGAGGAAAUUGUUGAAUGAAAAGGGAAUCUACACAACUCCCGCUUGCAGUACUAUUGAGAUAAAGGGGAAAAUACACGAAUUCGUUGCAGAUGAUAUUUCGCACCCUAUGAGAAGGGAAAUUUAUGAGAAGUUGGACGAGAUCAUGAACCAACUGACAAUUGGUGGGUAUGUGGCUGAAAUAACAACACCAGAGGUGGAAGGAAAGAGGUUCGGAUCAUCUUAUCACAGCGAGAAGUUGGCUAUUGCUUUUGGGGUUCUGUCAAUGCCACCCGGAACAACAAUUAGGGUUGCUAAGGACCUGCGGAUUUGCGUCGACUGCCACAAUUUCGCCAGGAUUCUGUCUAGUGUCUACAACAGGGCAGUAGUCAUUAGAGAUCGCAAUCGGUUUCAUCAUUUCCGAGGAGGGUGCUGUUCGUGCAAUGGCUACUGGUGAAGUGAUAAUCUGGUAUAUAGUUCAGCACACAUUGAACACACUCAAAUUUAGCAAGCCAAUGGAGCUAAAAAAGGGUCCUUUUUUUGACAAUGUUAUUGAACUUCACUUGUGUGUCUUAUAUUAUACGAAGCUUUGGGCAGAUUUUGUUAAUAGGGGUAAGAUUGUGUGUAUCUCUACUGCCAUCAGUCUCUAACAAAGUUGAGACUACAUU